AUGAACGGUCUUCCACCAGUGCCGGGCCUGUGGCAGGAGGCGCGUACCCCCGAUGGACGCGCCUACUACUACAACACUCAAACAAAGGUCACCCAAUGGACCAAACCUGAAGAGUUGUUGACUCCGGCCGAGCGCGCUCUCAAGGACCAACCAUGGAAAGAAUACACCGCCGAAGGAGGACGGAAGUAUUGGUACAACACUGAGACUAAGCAGAGCUCAUGGGAGAUGCCAGACGUCUACAGGAAUGCUAUUGCCCAGACUCAGCCGCCUGCACGGCCUGCCGCCCCAGCACAGACGUUUGUCGCUGGCGGUACUUCAAACUUCGCAUCACAGUCACAUCACAGAGAUCGUGAUGACUUUCAUGAGCGCUUGGGCCCGGAUCGCCAAAUUGGUUGGGGCCAGUCGGAAACAAGAGAAACCACGCGCAUCCCUCUGAACUCACAGACUGAUCCAGAGUACUCGUCUUUCGAUGAAGCGCAAGCAGCUUUCAAGAAGCUUCUAAAGCGCGCCGGUGUCCAGCUCGAUUGGUCCUGGGAGCAGACCAUGCGCGCUACCAUCAAGGACCCGCAAUACCGCGCCAUCAAAGACCCCAAGGACCGCAAAGCUGCAUUUGAGCAAUAUGUGGUAGAUAUGCGUGUGCAAGAAAAGGAAGAGGAAAAGAAGAGAGUCGAACAACUUCGCGAGCGAUUUGGCCAGAUGCUGAGAAGUCAUCCAGAGAUCAAGCAUUUCACACGAUGGAAAACGGCCAAGCCGAUCCUUGAGGGCGAGGCCAUAUUCAACAGGGCCAAAACCGAAGAUGAGGCAAGACAGCUUUUCGAAGAAUACAUCGUCGAGCUGAACAAAACUCAUGCUGAAGAGGAAGUCAAGAAGCGCACCCAAGCCGCUGAUGAGCUUGCCUCGAUCCUCAAUGAUCUUCAACUCGAGCCGUACACGCGAUGGUCUGAGGCUCAGGAAAUCAUUCGGGAAAGUGAGCGGUUCAAGGGAGAUGAGAAGUUCGAGUCGCUCAGUCAGUUAGACAUCUUGAAGGCUUUCGAAAACCACAUCAAAUCACUUGAACGCAGCUUUAACGAUGCUCGCCAGAAGCAGAAAAGCCUCAAGGCGAGGCGCGAACGCCAAAACCGCGACCAGUUUAUUGCUUUGCUGAGAGAGGUCCGUGCCGAUGGGAAAAUCAAAGCUGGCACUAAGUGGAAAGAAAUCCACCCGCUCGUCGUGGACGAUGCCCGGUAUGUUGCUAUGCUCGGUCAACCUGGAUCUACACCCCUAGAUCUAUUCUGGGAUAUGGUCGAAGAAGAGGAGCGCGUUUUGCGCGGCAAGCGACAUGAUGUUCUUGAUGUCCUAGACGACCGGCGCUUCGAAAUUACCCAGAAAACUACGUUGGAGGAAUUCAUGUCUAUCAUGCAAGCUGACCGCCGUACGGCAAACAUUGACCAGCACUCACUUACACUGCUCUUCCAGCGGUUGCUUGAGAAGGUUCACCAGCGCAAUGAAGAGGACAAACACCACGCCGAGCGUUCUCAACGCCGGGCCGUGGAUACUCUGCGCUCACGCAUCAAGCACUUAGAGCCACCAGUCAUUCUGGGAGAUACAUGGGAGCAGGUACGUCCUCGCCUCGAAAAGUUUGAGGAAUAUCGUGCCCUUGAUUCGGAUGAGGUUCGUCGGUCCGCCUUUGACAAGUACAUGCGACGCCUGAAGGAGAAGGAAGAAGACCGUGAGAGAGAGCGCAGCAGACGCGACCAUCGUGAUCGCGAGCGCGGCGAUCGUUACCGCGACGAUCGUAACGGCUACGCGCCGAGCCGGCGUCACCGCACCCGCACCCCGGAGCCCGACGCCUACGAGGCGGAUCGGCGCAAGGCGCAGGCUGAUCGUGAGCGUUCCUACCGCAAGGCCAGCCUGACAGGCCUGUCCCCUCGUCGCGAUAGGGACUACCGCGACCGUGAUGACAGGGGAAGCAGGCCUAUGGACCACUACGAUCGCGAGCGCAGGGUGCGCGAGGUCGAACGUGAACGUUCUUAUAUCAGCCGUGCGGAUCCUCGCGACAAGGGCAGCGAGCUCGACUACGGCGAGAGCAGGGCUGGCAGCAUGAGGCGCCGGCGUGACAGUGAUGGCGGCAGCCCGGAGAGCAAGCGUGAUGUCAAGAGGACCCGUCGUGACAGAUCAUCUCGUGAGCGCACCUUUUCCCCUCGGCCUCACAGAUCUAGGACUCCGGCAAAGGAAGCACCCCCUCCGAAGGAGGAUGUGGCUCUUCGCUCAGGCAGCGAAGAAGGCGAGAUCGAGGAGGACUAA